AAGGUAUUCAUUGAAUACCUCUGAGAUAGAUUUAACUUAACAUCUCAGAUUUAGACAAAAGCAUAAGAAAAUUGGGAGUGAUGAAAACCAACAUACAUGUAGAGAAGUAUGAAAGAAUGGCUGAACUACAAGCCUUUGAUAAGACGAAAGCCGGUGUUAAGGGACUAGUCGAUGCAGGUAUAACCAAAGUACCACGAAUGUUUGUACAGCCAUCGAUGAUUGAACAUUCGAGGAGUGAAAACAACAACAAGUUCAUCGAGUUUCCAAUAAUUGAUCUUGAUGGCAUCAAGGAAGAUCCGAUCAAACAAAAGAACAUAGUCCAAGAAGUUGGUCAUGCAUCCGAGAGUUGGGGUUUCUUUCAAGUGAUCAAUCAUGGGAUUCCUAGUCAUGUUAUGGAAGCAAUGAAAGACGGUGUUGCCAGUUUCUUUGAGCAAGAUAAUGAGGUGAAGAAGCAGUGGUAUACGCGAGACUUGAACAAAGAGUUCACAUUUAACAGCAAUUUUGAUCUGUUUAGAGCACCGGUAACCAACUGGAGGGACACUUUUCGUGCCACUGUAGCUCCUAUACCUCCAAAACCCGAACAACUCCCUUCUGUCUGCAGGGAUAUUCUCCUCGAGUACACGAACCAAGUGAUGAAAUUAGGUGAAACUCUAUUUGAACUAGUGUCCGAGGCUAUUGGCCUCGAACCAAAUCACCUCAAGGAUAUGGGUUGUGCAGAGGGGCUUCUUGCUUUAGGCCAAUAUUAUCCAGCAUGCCCACAACCUGAACUUACUCUAGGCACCAGUAAGCAUGCUGACAACGACUUCCUCACCGUGCUUCUCCAAGACAACAUAGGCGGUCUUCAAGUCUUACAUCAGAACCAUUGGGUAGAUGUUCCCCCUACUCCCGGAGCACUCGUGGUCAAUAUAGGAGAUCUUCUACAGGCAAGUAGUGUUACAUUUAGACUACUAUUAAAAACAUUAUUGUCUUAUAACAUAUGAUAUUGUUGACUCGAUCAUUUUCAGCUUAUAACGAAUGACAAGUUCAAAGGUGUUGAUCAUAGAGUACUGGCAAAUAAAGUUGGUCCAAGGAUAUCGUUGGUAUGCUUC